UACGCGCGUACACCCCCACUUGGCACAAUUGGCAUAACGAGAAAGAGAGAGAUAGAGAGAGAGAGAGGAGGAAAUUAAGAGUGAAAAAAAAGAAAAAAAAAGAAAAAGAAAAAAAAAAAGAGAUGAGUCCGGGUGCGGCGAAGAAGCGAAGCACGCGGAGCUCCCUGAUGGGGCUGGGAUGCGGGUGCAAGGACGCGAAAUCCGUGUCGGUGUCGCUCUCCGCCUCCGACACCUCCACCGCCACCCCGCGCCGCCCCCGACACAACUCCUCCUCCGCCGAAACCCUAACCCUCCCCUCCACCUCCUCUUGCUCCGACGCCGCCGCCGACGACCUCGGCCCCCAAAUCGGGAGCUCCGCGAGCACGCCCAGCUUCUCCGGCCUCCUGCGCGAGCUCGGCGAGCUGGAGCAGAGCGUCAUGUCCCUCCCCACCUCCGCCAUUGUCGACGACGGGGCGGCGGAGGAGAGGAGGAAGAAGAUCCCGAUCCAUCGGCGGGUGGAGGAGGAGAGCGUCGCCGUGGUGAAGGAGUCGGAGGACCCGCUGGGGGACUUCCGGAGGUCCAUGCUGCAGAUGAUCGUCGAGAAGGAGAUCGUCACCGGGGCCGAGCUCCGCGAGCUCCUCCGCCGCUUCCUCGCCCUCAAUUCCCCCCACCACCACGAUCUCAUCCUCCGCGCCUUCGCCGACAUCUGGGACGACGUCUUCGCCGGCUACAACGACCACACCCCCGAUCUCAUCCGCCACACCCACCGCCGGUAUCCCCCGCCGCCUCCUCCGCCAUUCUAAAACCAUAAUAUAACGUACACAUAAUUGGAAAAUCAGUAUUUCCAGCGCCAGAUCAGUGCAUACCAGAUUUAUCAUAUGAUAUCCCACGUAAAAUAUGAAGUGCUCUGAAAAUAUCAAUUCCUCUAUAAAUUUCAUUCAAUUA